AUGGUUUCUCUGCUGGUGGAGGCUGCCCGGGCAGAAGAAUGCACGGGGGGAGCGCUCAGACCGAUUCCCAGCGACUUGAGUCGUCCGUCAGACUGUACAAUGGACUGCAUCAUGAAGACGUACGCUAAAAAGAUACUUUUACAUCACAGCUCGUCCAUAGUGUUUAAAGACAGCACACAAGAUGGGCAGGGCGCCCACUGCUGGUCGACCGCCCAUAGAUGCCCUCCCAUUGAAGGCGAGAGUUUUGCCCAGGCCUUCGUGGUGGUUCCUGCCAACGCAACGUCCGCAGCAGCAGAGGAGGUGGAGGUGAGCACAGGGACCACCAAACUGAGCGUCCACCCCCCCCUCCCUCUGAUCUCCAGCUCCUGUGGGCUCCUGUAUGAAGUGACCCAGUACUUCAGCAGCGAAAACACGGACACAGUCUUCUGCAUACGGCUCCAGACCCGGCUCAACUCUGGGGACGGGACCCCCAGAUGCCCUCCCUCUCUACUAGUGUUCUGGCAGGGGAGCUCCCCUGAGGCGCACCAGCAGAGCGGCGGAUAA